AUGUCGCUAACAAAACUGCUGCUCCUCAGCAUGGUGCUGCCUGUGGCCAGUGGCAACGGGAGACUGGGUGCCAUCCACACUGCAACUGCUCCUGAAAGCAAAUGGGCCUCAGUGGAAAUGUCAACAGCUAACUACUUAUCUAAAUUUUCAAAAGCUCCAGUAAUAUCCAAAUUGGUUGGAAGAAAAGUUCUUGAUGGAGUUGGACAGCCAACGUUAGAAGUAGAAACACACUGUACAGUUAAAAACCAUGAGAAGAGGAUUUGCUCUGUUGUCAUGUCUUCUCAUCCUCAAACAGUUGAAAAUGCUUUACCUGAAACAAUUGAAGCUGAUGAGAAAGAAAGGAAUGACUCUGUUAACACUGCUGUGGAAUGGGUCAAUGAAUCACUGAGCACAAUGUUAAGAGACAUGAAGCCUACUGACCAGUGUGAAGUUGAUAAGAUGCUUGGUGAAUACUUUACAAAAAAGGUAGAAGAAAAGGAAGAAAUUCAAAAGCAAGAAGAAGAAGAAAAAAAAGAAGAAUCCCCUUUAUGCAUUCCACCAGCAACAGCACUACCUGGGGGGAAAAAAGCAGCAAAACAAGGAAAGAAGGUGUCAGUUCCAGAGAAAAUGAUCCCACCUGCAGAACCUGCUGAGUCGGUGCUUUGUGGCAGUUUAGCCAUUGGGGGAACAUCCCUCUCUAUAGCUAAGGCUGGUGCCACCAUUAACCGUGUCCCGUUGUACUUACAUAUCUCACUGCUGAAACAUGAUCAGGAUUCACCUAAAGAACUGACUCUUCCACUCCCAAUGGUUACUGUGUUGAACUGUGAAAAAACUGCAAAACUGAAAUUAGUGAAAGAAGUUAUGCUUAUACCACCAGUCCAGUUAUCAUUCAAACAGGGCUUAGAAAGAGCUCUGGAUAUUCAGAAAGAAUUUAUGGGAGUGUUGGAUCCUCCAAGGAAAGAGCCCAGUCCUCGAGCAGCAGACAGUAAGAAAGGCAAAGCACAACAUACAGGGAAGAAAUCUGCGCAAGAAGCCUCAAAAAGAAUAUCACGCUUAGGCUGCCCAGUAACAGGAUGUGAUAAUCUAGAACAGCUGCUACUCCUAAUGCAAACAGCUUGCGACAAUAUACAUCUGGAGCUAGGAACAGAUAUGUACUUAGCAAUAAAUUGUGCUGCUCAUGAACUAAUGGAUUAUAGUAAAGGAAAAUAUGAAAUACUCACUGGAACAUUCAAAAGCCCUGAUGAAAUGAUUAACAUGUAUGUGGAACUGACUGACAAAUUCCCUUUUAUUAUUGCAUUAAUAGAUCCCUUAAGAAAAGAGGUAAGAUACCACAGUGCAACCCUUGGAAAACUG